ACUACAAAAAUAAGAGCCAGAAUUUGUGUGUGUGUGUAUUUGACAGGAUGGAGGGUUGUUCGAGGUCAUCUAUUAAGUGCCUGCUGCUGCACGUGUGGUGUGGUAUCCUCACUGUGGCCAUGGUGGCCAUGGCUGCACUGCUCAUUUCAAUCAAACCGAAAUUAACUGAGGACGGAGUCUCUGCAUUGAAGCCAGACAAUGUCAGUUCAACAGUUUCUUCUGUGGCUUCCCUAAAGUCAAAGGCAUCCUCUCUCUCAUACAUCCAGCUAGCAAGUAAAUGCAAGUACACUUCACCUCCUGGAGCACCACAGAAUCUGUCCUGGGAAGAAGAGGAACCCAAAUGUGACUCCUGCUCCCUCGUCCUGUUUAACAACAGCAUUGAGAGCAAGAAGAGCAGCAUCUACUUCAUCUACGCCCAGGUCACCUUCAGCAAGCACUCAAAGCAAUAUCAUACAAAGUCUGUGAUUUUGAUAAGAAAUCCCACUUUUGGUAAAAGUCUUAAGAAAUUGUUUGAGGGGAACUUCCCGAACACAACAGAGGGCUCUGUGUCGGUGGCUAAGAUUGUUAGCCUCAAGGAGGGAGACAGCAUCAGCUUACAUAUUUAUGGUGAUUGUUUAUUAGAGGGCACAUUUUGGGGAGCUUAUCAGCUUCAUUAGCACUGUAGGGCUCUUGGAUUUGUUUCUAUAGAAGAGAGAAUCAUUUGGAGUUGGACUGUAAUGUUUUUUUGUAGGCCUAUAUGAAUAUUUCUCAAGAGAAGGUGUUUAUCACCUGGAUUUUUGUUCCAAUUCACAAUUUUAAGCAAAAAAAUAUCAUCCAUCAUGGAACACUAAAAUGCCAUAAGCUCCAUCAGACAGGGUGGAGAAAGUUUUAACUACUGAUUUUACUGACUGAAACCUUUGAACACAAGGUCACAUUGUCACAUAUUGACUUUAGACAACAAAAUCUUGGCAAAAAAAAAAACACACUGUAUCAGUCCAAUCUUAGCAGAGCCUAUAUUUUUAAAUAUGUCAGCUGGUUAUGAGUCUUGAAAUUGUGUGGGGGUUUGGAGGUUGUGUGAAUUUUUCUAACUUCAGUUAAAAUGAAUGUAAACUAUGACUGUCUGGGCAAUGAAUAGUUUUUCACUGCUA